AUGGCAGUAGUAGAGAUGGUAGUUUCAGCAAUGUUUAAAGAAGUGUUGGAUAAAUUAGUGUCCGAAGGAGUGAAGCAGUUCGUGAAGCUGUUCAACAAAGGAAAUAAUUCUAAAAAUAAAAUCAAAAUCGAAGAAUGGAAGAAUGAGCUGGAGAUGAUUCAAGCGGUGUUGAUUGACGCUGAAAGGAAGCAAUGUGAUGAGCAACACGGAGCAGCAAUCAGAUUAUGGCUCGAGAAUCUUCAAGACUUGGCUUUUGAUUUGGAGGAUCUUCUGGAUGACUUUGCGUAUGAAGCCUUGAAAAUGAAUGAUGAUUUUGAUGUUCAACAUUUCAAGAAGAAUGCUCGUGGAUUCCUUCCAACUUCCUUCCAUAACAUGGUUGGCAAUAUUUUGGCGUGUGGCUGUGGAGCUACAAGGCAAAUUGAAUACUCUGGUCCAGACUUUUCAUCUAGGAUUGAUGAGAUGAGCAACGCCUUGAACAGUAUUAAAUCCCGGGUUCCUACUUUGGGUCUCAUAUCCAACAACUUGAGGCUACCAACAUACGCAGUAGAGGAGCUAAGAAAGACGCGACAGACCUCUUCUUUAGGUGAGCCUCAUGUUUACGGGAGGAAUGAUAGGAAAGAAGAUAUCAUUUGUCCAAUUGUUGGAAGAUAA